AUACAGUGCCCGCUGCCUCGCUGUGGUCGCUUCUCAUUGCCGCAGCAGCGGCAUCUGUCGCAACCCCAACCCCAAACCCAGCUGAGGCGUGCAUUUAAACCGAGCCGUAGCGUUGUUUGGGGCCUUGUGAACUGGACAUCCCGCCAUCACUGCGUCGCGCUGCCUUGCUUCACACGGCUCUCUCCUUUUUGGGCGAUCGGCGGACCGCUUUCGACCUUUUCCCCGUCAGCCGGAGAGGCCUGGACCGAGCCUUUGGCCCGCUGCAGCUGCAUGGAGGCUUGGCGGGAUCCCGACUUCCUUAAACACAGCCGUCUAAGUGCACCCCUCGAAGAUGCGGGGCUCCUGGACGUGCACCCCGACGGGUCGAUGGGCCUGCGCGCCGCGGACAAGGAGCGCCUGGCUCCUGGCCUUGGCAGCGGCCAGGCCGACGUCCUGGGCGUGGGCCUCCCGGGUGGCGGCACCCUGGGGUGCAGCGUAGGGUUCCGACUGCUGCCCUCGGGCGCGUGGGAGCUCACGGGCCGCUGGCACGCGAUGCAGCAGGACCUGGUGCAGAUCUCCGCGGCGCACGUGGGGCCAGGCAACGCCGUCCUGGCCAGGGCGCUGCACCCGGAUCCACCGUCACCACCGCCAGGCGGCGUGCAGGAACGGACCACCAUGACGUAUAACCGCAGGUCCUUCGCGCUGCGCGGCGCGACGGAGGCGCUGUUGGCCCUGCACGCCGGCAGCGGCGGGCGCGUAACGCUGUGGGUGGAGGGCAGCGACGCGGCGCACGUGUGCGUGCUGCAGAGCAAGGGUCGCAACCGCCGCCUGACGCACGUGAAGGCGCUGUGCGGCGCGCUGGGCGGCGUGGAGGAAAAGCAGCGGGUGCGGGUGUACCGCGCCGGUGGGGGGAGGCUUCACGCCUCCCCCCUGACCCCCACCUGACGGGUCCCUGCCGGGGGGAGGCUUGGCCCCUGCAUACUGACGUUUACGGGUCCCUGCAUGUUGGACGUUUAUGGGCCCCUGCAUACUGACGUUUACGGGCCCCUGCAUACAGACAUUUAUUGGCCCCUGCACGUGGGACGUUUACUGGUCCCUGCACGUGGGACGUUUACUGGUCCCUGCACGUGGGACGUUUACGGGCCCCUGCAUACUGACGUUUACGGGCUCCGGUCAAGAUCAUUCGGGGGGUCAGAGGGGAAAUGUCAUUUCCCCCCUAUUGUUGUGGCGACAAGAGUAAUGAUUUUGGGAUUCCCCCCUGAUUGCUGCCGACAUCCGUUUGCUGUUUUUGUGUGUAAACGUUUGCCGCCUGAAAGCCUGGGUAUAGAAUUGUAAAAAAGUCGCAUCGAUGUACGGUAGGAUACAGGUGUGGUCCCUGUCUUUACAAGUGUACGGAGGUAGUUUCCGGGGCUUGCAUUUCUACGGGGCCAGGGGGGAGGCGUGAAGCCUCCCCCCGCUGUUAUGUGUGACUGACGUUUUUUUGUGCCGCUGGGCAUGAUCUUUGCUUGCUCCCGGGUAUACAGGCUUUAUCGCUCCUGCACGUUUGGGGGGUCAGGGGGAAAAUGCAAUUUUCCCCCUUUUUUACCCGCCUGUAUACGGGCUUCUAGAUAGACCCUGUGACACCGUUUGCAGCCCUGUAUACUGCCGUUCUCCGCCCUGAUAAAAACGCAUAUUUAUGUUGUGGCGACAAGAGUAAUGAUUUUGGGAUUCCCCCCUGAUUGCUGCCGACAUCCGUUGGCUGUUUUUGUGUGUAAAUGUUUGCCGCCUUAAAGCUGGGGAAUAGAAUUGUAAAAAAGUCGCAUCGAUGUACGGCGGAUCCUUCCUUGGUCCCUGUCUUUACAAGUGUACGGAGGUAGCUUCCGGGGCUUGCAUUUCUUGCUGUUGUGUGUGACUGACGUUUUUUUGUACCGCUGGGCAUGAUCUUUGCUUGCCCCCGGGUAUACAGGCUUCAUCGCUCCUGCACGUUUGGCAUUUUACGGGCUCCGGUAAAAAACAUUCGUUUUUCACCCGCCUGUAUACGGGCUUCUAGACCCUGUGACACCGUUUGCAGCCCUGUAUACUGCCGUUUACGGUCUGUAUAAAAACGUUUAUUAUUGUUGUGGCGACAAGAGUAAUGAUUUUGGGAUUCCCCCCUGAUUGCUGCCGACAUCCGCUAUGUGUUUUUGUGUAAAAACGUUAGCCG